UUUGAAGAGAAAAUUAACUUGAGCACUUUGAGAUUGAUCAUCGACCAAAAUAUAUAUUCCAUGCGAUGCGUACUUGAUAGAAUAUCACGUAUCAUUUCUGAGAGAGAAGUACAUUCUAGCCCAGAAAGCUUGGCAGAUACAGUGAUCAUUGCCUCAAGUGACGAAAGCGAAGAAGAAUGGCUAUGCAAUACAUCAACUUUGGCCUGACCAAACUAUAAUAGUGGCAAUAUUUUAAAAGUAAACAAUCCUUUCAUUUUCCUUUAAUAAAUAUAUCCGAAUACAGUCAAUAUGUUUGCGUGCGAUAACUGUACUUCAGUAUUCACAAAUAUUAUAUUAUACAAUGACCAUCAAAAAGUGCACAGAAGUUCUGUAGUGAAUAAGAUAACAUGCGUCUAUACGGGUUGUCGUACUGCUUUAAAAAAUUAUUUGAGUUUUAGAAAACAUUUAGUACGAUUUCAUAGAUCUCAUUUUUGUUAUAGUUGUAAGCACAGUGGAUGUCAAUAUAAAUGCACUAGUGUAUUGAUGCUUAAAAAACAUAAAGAAAUUCAUUCAAAUGUCAAACGCAGUUUUGCAAAUAAAAUUUCACAUUCACAAAUUAGCAGCCUCGAGAUACCUGUAUUUCCAAAAUCAUUAAAUGUAAACAAUAUUUUGAAUCCUUUGAAACGACGUAAUGCUUUUACUGAAAUCGAUACGGGAAAAUUUACUAAUGAUUCUCAUAAUCCGCCAAAAAUGAUGAAAUUAAGUAAUGAAUGUAAUGAAAUUGACAUGAAUCAUAAAGAUGUAUUGCGUACAGAAUUUUUAGAAAAUUCCACCGUACUUGAUCUUUAUUCGCAUGGGGUUUCAAGAACUCAUUCGUUCUCUACAAUUGUAAUGGCAAAAUCAAACGAUGUGUUAGAAAACGCAGAUUUUCCAAUUUUACAAUCAAUCGAUUUUGAUAAAAAUAAAUCAAGCCAUGACCGUAAUGAUGAAAAUAUCGAAAAUACGCCAAAUUCAUUGACAGUAAAUUCGUUGAAUUGGGAAGUCAAGCAAUAUAUAUCUUGUGAAAGAAAUGAAACUGAAGUUGUAGAUCUCAUACAAAACUUAGCGAAAAUAUACCUACAAUUAUCAGUCAAACAUUUCGCGACUGAAUCCGUUCUUCAAGGGGUCAUGAAUGGAAUGUAUUCUGUAUUUGAUUCAUGCAAAGCAAAAUUUACUGAAUUACUUUAUCAUUCAAAUGUCAAUGAUAAAGACAAUGUUAGUAGCAUUUUUUGUAAAAGUUUCAAUAGCUUUAUUAAUUCACACGACCCGAAAAACGGUAUUUUAAGAAGUACUUUUACGAGAAAACAAUAUUAUAAAAAAGAAUACAAUUUUAUUCAACCCAUUGAAGUACCGAUUUUAGAUGAUGACGGCAAAGAAACGCAAUGUUAUUUCAGCUAUGUACCCGUACUAGAAACCAUUAAAACGUGGCUGCUGAAUGAUAACGUUAGACCAUUUUGCAUAAAUCCACGAAAAAGUACUACUGCUCAAGGUUUAUUUGAUGUUAAAGAUGGGAAUGUAAUAAAAAAUAGCGAAUUUUUCAACAAAAAUAAUACUGUACAGUUAGGUUUUUACCAAGAUGCUUUUGAAGUAUGCAAUCCACUUGGCGCAUCAAAAUCCAAGUUUAAGUUGAUCGGAGUAUAUGUCACUUUGCUAAAUUUACCGGCUUUUCUUAGAUCAAAAACUGAUAACAUCAAGUUGAUAAUGUUAUGCAAUAACAACUUCGUAACUAAAUUUGGUUGGAAAAAAAUUUUAAGAAACUUACUUUUAGAUUUACAUACAUUGGAAAAUGAAGGUAUAAAUAUUACUAUCAACUCAGAGCAUAUGAAAUUCACUGGAAGCAUAGCUGCAUGUAUAGGCGAUAACUUAGGUAAUCACUCUAUUGGUGGUUACGUAGAGAACUUUAGCUCUGCGCAGUUCAUAUGUCAAUAUUGUGAAAUAAUGCUCAAAGAUUUUCGCGAAAAUCCUUUCGAUCGAAAGCAACUAAGAAAUAUUGCUAAUUACGAUAAACAUGCUGCAGAAGCUGAGUAUUUAAAAAAACCAGUUAAAGGUAUCAAAAUGAAAUCUCCAUUAAAUCAACUUCAAAAUUUUCAUGUUGCCGGACCAGGUCUAGCUCCAUGCGUAGCUCAUGACCUUUUCGAGGGAAUAGUUUCGUAUGAUCUGUAUUUGAUAAUAACAUAUUUUAUUAAAAAAAAAUGGGUACGCUUAGGUUUAUUAAAUUAUAGAUUGAACACAAUCAAGUUAAGUAACGAAACUAAGAAUUUUAUUCCUUAUAUUAAAAUGAAUUCAACAAAAAAAAUAUUAACUGGCUCAGCUAGCCAGCUUAAGAGAUUAGUGUUGAUUCUUCCCUUGGCUUUAUAUGAUAGAAUAAAGGAUCCGUAUGACGAAGUCUGGAAGCUUCUACUUCUUUUAAGAGAAAUAUGUUGUAUAGUUAGUUCACCAGCAUUAAGUUUUAAUCAAAUAGCAAUUUUAUCGAAUAUUAUAUCUGAGUAUAUAUAUUCAAGAAGCACAUAUUUUACAAACCCGCUAAGACCAAAGCACGAAUUCCUUAUGCACUAUCCAAAGCUGUUUUACGAAUUCGGGCCAUUAAAACACGUUUGGACGCUUAGAUUUGAAUCAAAGCAUAGUUAUUUUAAAAGCAUAGUAGAAAGCUUGAGAAAUUUCAAAAAAAUACAUAUGACAUUAGCAGAAAAGCACGAAUUAUUACAAGCUUUACUUGAACGGCAGUAUGAUAUUGUCGUUGAAUCCAAAGAUGCAAUACCGUAUAUAUCAAGCGAAUACGAAACUGAAAUUUCAUCAUUAAUAAAUGAUUAUAUUUCGAGCAAUUCAAAGACAAUAUCACAUGUCGCCAAGAAUGUUACUUUUUGCAAUAUACAAUAUUCAGAAAAUAUGAGUAUUUGCAUAGGUAAAAAUACUUUUGGAAACUUUAUUAUCUGCAACAUAAAAUAUAUAUUAAUUAAUGAUAAAUUCAAUUACAUUUACUUUGUUGGGUGGACCGAUGAGAUUAUUCCCUUCGAAGAGUUAGGAGUUUACGAAAAAGUAGAAUACAAAGGUUCAGAAAAUAUAUCCCGAUGGCUCAGUAUUUUUCCGUAUUCCUACCUUUUAUCACCUGAUCCUUUACCAACAUACAACUUGAAAUCCUAUCCUGUUUACUUGAUGAAAUAUUUGCCAUUUGAUCCGAUGGCUUAAAAAAAAUAAUACUGCCAAUAAAAGUUUGCAUCCGUGAUCGGCUGCGCCGACUUGCUGUCAUCGUACAGGAAAACUCAACCACAUUAGUCAGAGAUGUAAUUUCUGCAGCCAGUGCAAAAU